AGAAAGUAAACAAAGAGACGCUGAAGAAGGAAUAUGGCGGACGAAAAGCCGAAUAUAACAAAGAAAAUAAUAUAUCCUGGCUCUGGAGAUGAGCUCGAGUUUACUCCAGGAUCUAAGGCGACCUUCCACUUUAAGACAUUUAAACUCACUAAAGACAAGGAAAGAAAGGAAAUUGAUUGCAGUAAAAAGCUUGGCCGACCUUUUGAACUUCUUAUUGGCAAGCAGUUCAAACUUGUAGUAUGGGAGGAGCUGAUACGAAGCAUGAGAGUUGGAGAAAUAUCGGAGUUUACCGUUGACAACUCGUUGGUUGAAAGUUAUCCUUUUGUAUCAAAGAAUUUGAGAGAUUAUUCAGUCCAGCAAGGAGGUGGUCAUCAUCAUGGACAUGACCACAAUGAUGAGAAACACAAGCAUCAUUGUAGCAUGGCUGCUUUCCAGGAUCAAGGAACAGGCUACAAAGAUCUUGAUGAGCUUGUGAACGAAAAGCCAGACCUCAUCUUUGAAAUCCAUCUUGAGAAGUUCCAAAAACAAGGUGACUAUGAAAAGGAGGCUUGGCAGAUGGAUGAGAAAGAAAAACUUGAAGUUCUACCAAAAUAUAAGGAAGAAGGUAACAAGUUAUUCAAGGAGAAAAAGUAUGAAGAAGCUGCACAGAAAUAUAGCGAGGCUUUGGGCUGCCUUGAACAGCUUUGCUUGCGUGAAAAACCAAAAGAUGAUGCCUGGAAUGAACUAAACCAAAAGAAACUACCGUUUUUAUUAAAUUUUGCACAGUGCAAACUUAGUUUAGGUGAAUACUAUGAGGUGAUUCGUCACACAACUACAGUCCUAACUAGUAUUGAUCCAGAUAAUGUCAAAGCUCUAUUCAGGAGGGCAAAAGCUCAUGUUGGUUGCUGGAAUCCCAAAGAAGCAAGGCAGGAUUUUGAACGUGUUAUGGAACUAGAUAAGAGCUUGGUGAAAACAGUUAAAAAGGAACUUGAGCAAUUAGAUAAGAAAGAGAAUGAGCAUAAGGAAGAAUAUAAGAAGAAAUUAAAAGGAUUAUUUCCUUGAGAAAUUAGUAGAGUUUAUAAUUGCUAUUUAAAGUGUUUUUAAAAACAUUUUUAUUGUAUAAGACUGUGACAAAUAUGAGAAAUUGGGACAGGAAAAAGUCCAACAUUUUAAUAAUUUAAAAAAUUUUAAAACAACACUUUGCAU